AUCUCCAGUCAAUCAGUCGCACAAUCCCCAGACAGCAGUCAUACGCCGCCGCCCCACAGCGCACAACGCACAGCCCAGCAACUUCGGGUUUGAGACUAUCGCAGCAAGAAGUAUCCAGCCCAACAACAUUUACGACAACCCCACGCCAAACGACAAUCCCGACGAGUCCCGGCGAACGACCACAUCGUUGCCCAUCAUGUCUCUCGUCAGCGGCGAAAAGUCGAACUUCCAGUUCAUCCUUCGUCUUCUCAACACCAACGUUGAUGGAAAGCAAAAGGUCAUGUACGCCUUGACUAAGAUCAAGGGUGUCGGACGCCGAUACUCCAACUUGGUCUGCAAGAAGGCCGAUGUCGACUUGAACAAGCGCGCUGGUGAACUUACCACCGAAGAACUUGAGCGUAUCGUCACCAUCAUCCAGAACCCGACCCAGUACAAGAUCCCCGCCUGGUUCCUCAACCGACAGCGCGACAUCGUCGACGGCAAGAACUACCAGAUUCUCGCCAACGGAGUCGACUCCAAGCUCCGUGACGACCUGGAGCGGCUGAAGAAGAUCCGCGCCCACCGUGGUCUCCGACACUACUGGGGCCUGCGUGUCCGUGGUCAGCACACCAAGACCACUGGUCGUCGCGGCAGGACCGUCGGUGUCUCCAAGAAGAAGGGUUAAGCGUAUCGCUUCGGAUUUGGGAUUUUUACGGCGUGUUGGGGUUGUGGAAACUUCUUUUUCUGGGGAGGGGACCACGCUGGCUUUUUUUUUCGGUGAUGUUUCGAUCAAAAUAAAAAAGAAAUGGUCAUCGAUAUCAUGACUCCGCG